GUUAUUUAAACUUGAAUCGAGAGGAGAGGAGGAAAGUUUUCUCAGACGGGACAGCGUUGCCUAGCAGCUGGGCAGAGGACUCUCUUCUUCACGUAGCCUUUUUGUUUCCCGUAGGCUAAAACCGAGGCACCGCGGAUAUUUCCCCUCUUUCUGUCAUCCAAAUCUUUAAAGCCAAACAUGAGCCAGACCGUGACACUAAAGGGACCCUCUCCCUGGGGUUUUCGCCUGGUGGGUGGACGGGAUUUCAGCACACCGUUAACCAUCUCCAGGGUAACACCAGGCAGCAAGGCGGCCCAGGGCGACCUGUGUCCAGGCGACACCAUCUUGGCCAUCAAUGGCGACAGCACGGAGCUCAUGUCACACAUGGAGGCUCAGAACAGGAUCAAAACCUGCAUCCAGCAGCUCACACUCGAUAUCAGGUCUGGAUCGGGAGACAGAGUGUGGUCGCCAACCGUUAGUGAAGAUGGCAAGACAAGCCCUUACAUGGAGCCCGACUCACAGAAUUUCCGUCCCAUCACCAGUGGAUAUGGUGGUUCCAGUCGCAAGUCUUCGUACACCCCUGAACCCCAGUACCCACCUGCUCCCCAGUACCCACCUGCUCCCCAGUACCCGGCUAGUCCCCAGUACUCGCCUGCUCCCCAGUACUCGCCUGCUCCCCAGUACCCGCCUGCUCCCCAGUACCCGCCUGCUCCCCAGUACCCUCAAGCACCACAGUCCCCAGUGGCUCCUCCGCCUGCAUUGGCUCCCCAGCCCCCCCACCUGAACAACGGACACUCCAAACCCAACAACGGCUACAGCUACGGAUACGGGAACGGAACCGAGCGUGCUCAGUUCAACAACCCAGCCGGACUUUAUCAAAACGGCAGCAAUGGAGAAAGAAUUCUGCCAAGCAAGAUGGGAGGCCUUAACCUCAGCGCCUCACAAAGCCCAGAGCCUCCCUCACAAUCCCCUGUGAGCCGCAAUGGUUUCGACCCGCAGUCAGAUGUCUACAAGAUGCUGCAGGACUAUGAAGAGCCGGUCUCUGCACCCAAACAGUCUGGCUCCUUCAAAUACCUCCAGGGAAUCCUGGAGGCUGAGGAUGGAGGUGUUUCCCCGACAGACAGAAUGAGAAACUUAAAGUCACCCAUCAGGUCUCCAAUCCCCAAACUGGGAAGCCCCAUCCCGAGCCCCAUGCCUGGUCUUCAGAAGCUGCCCCAGUGCACACGCUGCUGUAAUGGCAUUGUUGGCACCAUUGUGAAGGCCAGGGACAAGCUGUACCACCCUGAGUGCUUCACAUGCGAUGACUGCGGCGUCAACCUCAAGCAAAGAGGCUACUUCUUCAUCGAGGAAAGUCUGUACUGUGAGACCCACGCCAUGGCGCGCGUCCAGCCCCCAGAGGGCUACGACGUUGUUGCCGUUUACCCCAACUCCAAGGUGGAGCUAGUCUGAUUCAGAUAUGGAGCUGGCUAUACUGUAAUAUAACUGGGAAGGUCAAAUCUGGGAGAAUGGGGCUACUGAGUAUUGUAUCCUACAUUUAUCAGGCUCUGUCAAGCAGGAAUGCCGAUCUUGCAUAAGUGUUGCCUUUGGGAGAUUCCAAUGAACUGUGUGUGAUCCAAGAUCAGCAUUUCUACACUGACAGUCUUGAUAAAUGCUAUGUAUAUUGAGAAUAUUGUAAUUUGUUGACAGAAUAAGACUUGGAUCUUCUGAGUAUCCCAAAACUCAAGAUGACAUUGUAUGUCCCAACCUGACAGCCCUCAUCUCUCAAUCAGUUGGUUUACCUUCAGUUUUACGUCCAAGAAACAUAUUGAACAAGUAAGGGCCUUAUUCAGAAAAGAUGUUCAUAUCCACAUUACAAGCACAGCAUAUUACCAGGAUAUUCAUUGUAAAAACCAAGAAAGAAGAACUGCACAGAUGGCAAGAGUCUGUAGAUAUUGAACUGAGAUGUGUAUGCAAUUUAAAACACUACACCAAUAUACUCCAAAUACCUGCUUUUCUAACUGCCAGAACAAUUUUUUUUUUUACCAGCAUAAUCUCAAAUGUCCCAUGAUAACACUCAGCUUUAGAAAAACUGAGUGUGAGUAUAUGUGUGUGGGUGUGAGAUGUGGCACACAAUAGCUUGGAGUAUGUUUGCUGUGAUUGACUGUGCAGAGGAAUAAGUCGUUUUUUUUCAGUUUGUGUUUUGCCAAGUCAUUUGAGGUAUAAUGAUUUUUUUGGUUAUGGGUUCUAAAGGUUUCAGUGUCUUUUUAACCAUGUUACAAUUACACUUUAUACUCCUGUUAUGAUACAUGGACUUUUGCAUUUUGUAAUUUACAUCUAUGCAGUUUAUAUAUCGAACUUUCUAUGUUACAAAAAAGAGGAACAUCUCUUUAUUAUGGUCACUUUUUCUGCUUACUUGUCAGUUAUUUGAAACAAUAAAUGCUAAUUCAUUAUAGGCAGAUCUCUACCAAGUAUAAUUAUGAGUGUCUGGAGUGUGCUUCGAAGCAGCUAUCCAAGCAGCCCCCCCUCUGAAAUGUAAAUAAAACCCUGCUGGAGACAUCCUCUGAUUUCUUUUAGGAACUAAAGAACUUGGUGAAAGUCAGAUCCCAGAUGUGAUCACAACCACCUCAGUUUAAAAAACAACUAAAUUGUAAGAAAUUCGACUUUAAUGAUUAAGUAGCCUAAUGCAGUGCGUGCAUGCAUUGAUGACUUUUUGAAAGCAUGUGACACGUUUGAAAAAGAUUGUAACUUAAGCACUCUCAGGCACCUAACUGAUAGGGGAAUGUCUACUUUCAAGUAUGUUCACACUCAAGAAUUCCUCUACAUAAAAACAAGAGCAUGGAGUUGACAGCGUGCGUAUAUUCAAAACACUUCAUUUUUCCAACAAUAUGCUCUCCAUCUCUCAUGACAAUUUUGAAAAUGAUCAUGUGUACUUGAGACGGGAGACAUAUUUUAAACACAGCCUAAAACAUGUGGGAGUAAUUUACUUUUUUAUUUUUUUGGACCUGAAACAUAGAUGCAUUACUAUUCUUUAUUUUCUGAUAGGACAGAAAUUAGAAGUAAGCAUACUUGUAUUCCCUUCCUACUAUGAACUAAAACUUCUGCUCACAUCCAAGUCGAUAUAAGUGAAAUACUUAUAUUUCUUUUACAUUUCCUCUGAGAGAGGGGGAACGGAAAGGGAGGGAGCUGAGAAAGAGAAAUGAGAAGAUGAUUUUAUGGAAAGAAGCGUGCCUUUUUGACUCCAAUGUGGGGCCAUCCGUCUUGGCUUAUUGUGAAAAGUGAAGUAAAAUGGGUGGAGGAGAGUGAUCUUAUUCAUAAUUUUUGAAACAUUUCUAACAAAACUACUUUUUAUAUUUGAAAUUAGAAAAUUCAUUUUGCAGUGCUGAUGUCCAUUGUUUUUUUUUUAGAUAUCUACAGUGAUGUGUAGCUGCUGGUAUGCCAUCUAUACUAGUUAUCUUGUAAAUUAUGUGAAAAUUAUAUUGCUACCACAUUGUUUCGUUGGUUUUGUACAUAUUUCUUUUAUCAUGAUGCUUUAACCUACUGUGCGUAACAUGUCACUUGCGUGCCUUUGCAUACCCUGUGUCUUUAAAUGAUUUCCUUGACACAAACCUAUUUUUCUGUUUAACUUAUUGUUUUACCAACACAUUUGUUUGUUCCUGUAUGCUUUUUUUUUUUUCUAGAAUCAAAAUAAAAUGAGGAGUGCAUUACCAUGA